AUGGUGGGUCAUGAUUCGAGUAAGUGCCCCUCUAAACAAUCUUGCUUAGCUUGCAGUGGACGUCAUCACACUCUGCUUCACGACGCGCUCAAGACAACGUCGUCAUCCAGCAAACACGGCUCUAUGGAGGCGAUGCCGACGGGAUCUUCAUCUUCGCUUCCGGAAGAACCCUGCUCAGCGACUUCGCUCUCCUUGACGGCCGGACCACGCUCAGCCGCUCUAUUAGCAACAGCCAAGGUGAAAUUGGAGGCACCAUCAGGCGAAGCCCUUGAAGUCCGAGCGCUGCUGGACACGGGCUCCGACGCUUCGCUUGUCUCCUCUUGGGUGGUUCAGGCCCUUCGUUUGCCACGGCGGGCGGUAAGAGUUGCCAUCUCCGGCGUCCAAGAAAACCAGAACGGGGUCUCUACAGGCGAGGUCUCCUUGGUAGUACGACCCCGCCAUCCGUCCGGCUUCCGUUUGCCGGUUCGGGCCUUGGUGUUGCGGAAACUAACGUCUUUGUUGCCAGCCCAUCGAGUCACCCCACAACCUUGGCCACACCUGAAGGGUCUUCCGUUAGCGGAUCCAGAAUAUGGCGUGCCGGCUCGCGUGGACCUCAUCCUGGGAGCAGAUGUCUGUGGAGCUCUCUUCGCGGACGGCACUCGAACGGGAUCACCAGGAACGCCCACGGCGAAGCUUACACCCUUCGGCUGGGUCCUUAUGGGAACCACAUCUUCCGCCACAGCUCAAGAGGAGGCGCAUACCUUCCACUGCCGAACCGAAGCUAACAUCGGUCCGCUGCUCCAGCGUUUCUGGGAGCUAGAGGAAGUCCACGACCGCCCCCCAAUGUCGGAAGAAGAGGAGAAGUGCGAACGGCACUUCAAGGGGACCCAUGCACGAAACAAAAAUGGACGCUAUGUGGUACGCCUACCUUUCGUACGGGAGCCUGCCGCUUCGCUGAAGCCUUCCAGGACAUCCGCGCUGAAGCUCCUGCUCAAUUGCGAACGCCGAUUAGCCUCGAACCACGCAUUAAAGGAUAAGUACGGCAAAUUCCUGGAAGAAUACCUGUCGCUGCAGCACAUGAAGGCAGUCCCGGAAACGGCCAAGGAGGAAUCGGCGUAUUAUCUCCCGCAUCAUGCGGUCGUCAAGCGGCACGACCCUACGGCAAAACUACGGGUCGUCUUCAAUGCCUCCUUCCGAACCGCUUCAGGAUACUCGCUUAAUGAUUGUUUGUCCGCAGGGCCGAAGCUCCAAGCAGACCUCUGGAUGGUCUUGACACGGUGGCGUAUCUUCAAGGUCGUUUUCACUACAGACGUGGUGAAAAUGUUCCGUCAGAUCCAGGUUCAUCCGGAGGACACGAAAUGGCAACGGAUUCUUUGGCGAACUGGUCCGGAUGAAAGAGUGCAGGACUUUCAACUCACCACCGUAACCUAUGGAACAGCCUGUGCGCCCUUCUUGGCCUUGAGGGUGCUCAACCAGCUGGCGGAGGAUGAAGGGGACCGGUUGCCACUGGGAGCGGCCGCCAUUCGCCGGCACACUUACGUCGACGAUAUCCUUGCUGGAGCAGACGACGUCGACGAAGCCCUGCAAGUAAAAGGCCAGGUCAUUCAGAUCUUCCAGGCUGGCGGAUUUAACCUGAGCAAGUGGGCGUCGAACGUACCAGAGUUAAGGGAGAACGGCGCCUCCGACCAGCACCUCUUCCAGGAAUGGCCAGGAAUCGCCACGUUAGGGGUCAACUGGGAUCCGACAACCGACUCCUUCUCGCUUCGGGUCGCGCCUCAGGCGGACUCCCCACCGGCAUCAACGAAGCGGUCCAUACUCUCCGAGGUCGCCAGCCUUUUCGACCCCUUGGGUUGGGUGGCCCCGGUGCUGGUCACCGCAAAAAUCCUGAUGCAGGAUCUCUGGAUCUUGGGCGCCGACUGGGAUCAAACUCUUCCUGAGGACAUCCAAACACGUUGGCAGACCUUCAGGCACUCACUGGACCAGCUGGAGGCUAUCACCAUACCACGCUGGAUCUUCACUUCUUCCAAAAGCCAACCAAACCUGGAGCUUCACGGCUUCUGUGAUGCCUCCCAACGGGCGUACGCAGCGGCGGUCUACCUGCGAGUUGAACACGAAGGCCAGGUCAGAACUUCGCUGGUGGUGGCCAAAACCAAGGUGGCCCCGGUCAAAACCGCAACCAUCCCGAGACUUGAGCUGUGUGGCGCCUCUUUGCUGUCCAAACUAAUGGUUCGGGUCAAGGAGGGACUCGACCUACCUGUCAGGAUGCAGGCGUGGACAGAUUCCAGCGUCUGCCUAUACUGGAUCCGAGGACACGCCUCACAGUGGAAGCCUUUCGUAGCCCAUCGGGUCUCCGAUAUCCAGUCCGAGCUUCCACCGACUUUUGGAGACACGUGGCAUCAUCGGACAACCCGGCAGAUCUGGCCACACGAGGGAUCUCUCCAGCUGACCUCUUGA